AUGGAGUCCUGGGCAAGGUGCAUCUUUCUUCUCUUGCUGCAGAUCCUGAGAGGGGGACGCGGAGAUAUAUUGCCUUCAGUGUGUGGUCACUCCCGAGACGUGGGUGGCCAAGAUGCUCUGGAAGGACAAUGGCCUUGGCAAGUCAGUCUGUGGACAGCCGAAGAUGGCCACAUAUGCGGGGGCUCCCUCAUCCACAAGGUGUGGGUGCUCACAGCUGCCCACUGCUUCCGCAGGUCUCUGAACCCUAGCUUCUUCCACGUGAAGGUUGGAGGACUGACACUUUCCCUUCUGGAACCCCACUCAACCUUAGUGGCUGUGAGGAGCAUCUUCGUGCAUCCCACCUACCUCUGGGAAGAUGAUGUGUCUAGCGGAGACAUUGCCCUGGUGCAGCUGGAAACUCCUCUGCAGCCCUCCCAGUUCACUCCUGUCUGCCUCCCAGCAGCCAAGGCUCCUCUUAGCCCUGGGACUGUCUGCUGGGUAACAGGCUGGGGGAGCACCCAGGAAAGAGACCUGGCGCGUGUCCUCCAGGAGCUAGCUGUGCCUCUCUUGGACUCAGAGGAGUGUGAAAAGAUGUACCACAUUCCAGGGACCAGCCUGUCAGGGGAGUGAGUCAUCCAGUCAGACAUGCUCUGUGCAGGCUUUGUAGAUGGCCAGAAGAACUCCUGCCAGGGUGACUCUGGGGGACCACUCGUCUGUGCCACCAACGGUUCUUGGACCCAGGUCGGGAUCACCAGCUGGGGUGUUGGCUGUGCUCGCCCAUACAGGCCUGGUGUCUAUACUCGGGUGCCAGUCUAUGUAGACUGGAUUCAGAAGACCCUGUCGGAGAACCACUCUGAUGCCUGCGGGUGCCACUCCCAAGCCUCUGGGGCAUACCAAAUACUGCUGCCAGUGUUGCUGGCUUUUGCCUUGCCAGGGGCCCUGUGA